AUGGAUAGUAGAAAGGUUGACUAUGAUACUUUGAAGAAGGCUGAUACACUUGCCAGGCAGACUAGGAUUCUCAUGGAUCAAGUCAUACUUGAUGGUAUUAUGAAAGAACUGGAACGGGACAAAGCCUAUGAGAAGGAUCUGAGGAAGAUGCAAGAACACAACAUCAGAAACUACAAUCGGAAGCCGAUUUCAGAUCUAAAUUUGGAGGAUUUACUUGUUUUUAAGAAAAAUCUGGAGAAUCUCCAAGUUGAUUUAAAGAGGAAACGCGCCGAGUUGGAGGCUUCGUCGUCUACGCUUCCAAAGAAUAAAAAUAAUAAGAAUUAA